AGGUCCGGGGGGCGCCGGAAGAGUGGAGCUCUUCCCCGGGGGGCUCCAGCCAGGCCACGGAGCCAUGUGUGCCAGCAGGAGCCUGCCGUGCAGGGGAGGAAAUGACGAGGCUGCUUGCGCCCACCUAAACUUCGGAAAGCGCCUUGCCGUGGCAGAGCAAUAAAGAACUGCUCACAGGCUGCUAACCUCAGAACCGAGGAUGUCGGAAGAAGAGGAAAAAGUUACUCUGCGUCGCCUUGAACCUGCAAUCCAGAAGUUUAUUAAAGUUGCAGUUCCAACAGAUCUGGAGAGGUUAAGAAAACAUCAGAUAAAUAUUGAAAAGUACCAGCGGUCCAGACUGUGGGACAGACUGCACGAAGAGCACAUCAAUGCGGGUCGAACUGUCCAGCAAUUGCGAGCAAAUGUUAGAGAGAUGGAGAAGCUUUGUUUACGGGUCCGGAAGGAAGACCUCCAGAGUUUGCAGAGGAUGAUCGACCCAGUGAAAGAGCAGGCGUCACUUGCCAUAAAGGAAUUUCUACAGCUCCAUUCAGAGUCUGCAGAAGAACUUAAAAAGCGGUUCAGUGAGAACGAGGCAUCGUUGCAGGUUCCUCUAACCAGAUCCACGACCAUAGCAGCAGAAACCUUUUAUAACCACGAAGAAGAAGGAGGAACCUCUCAGAUCCAUGGCCAGGUGUUUCUCCCCCUCCCAGAAAUCCCCCAGGAUCAAAAUGCAGCAGAGUCAUGGGAAAUAUUAGAAGAGGACUUGAUCGAACUCAGCAACCUGGUGACCGACUUCUCUCUGCUCGUUAAUGCUCAGCAGGAAAAAGUCAACCGGAUUGAAGACAAUGUCAGCACUGCCGCUCUGAACGUCGAAGAGGGAACCAAGCAUCUGUCCAGGGCUGCAAAAUACAAGCUGGCAGCUCUCCCCGUUGCGGGGGCCCUCAUCGGGGGCGUCGUGGGGGGCCCCAUUGGCCUCCUGGCAGGUUUCAAAGUGGCUGGAAUUGCAGCGGCGCUUGGCGGGGGGGUGCUGGGCUUCACCGGUGGAAAGCUGAUCCAGAGAAAGAGGCAGAAGAUGAUCGAGAAUGUCUCCUCCAGCUGCCCAGACCUCGCCAGGCACAGCGACCGAGAAUGUAGCUGAACGGCUCUUCUUCCCGGCCUGGGUGGCAAAACUGCCGCUCUCGCUUUGGACUUCACCCGGGUCUGCGUGAGGCCGGCCCAGGCCUUUUUCCUGCUGGGGGUGCGGAAAGACCAAUGUGGCAAAACUCUUGGACAAUGCCGGACCCUCCGUUUCUGGAUGCAGGAAGCGCCACGCAGUCCAGAAGAGGAUGCCAAAGACAGGCCUGGGGCUUGCGCCACAUAGACCGCCAGCUCUUUCUCUCGUGCACGAGCUGAGGGUGUGGACUAGCCGUGUGGUGCCUUUUCUUGGUAAAUCAGGAGGGAGGUGCCGAUGGUAUUUUAGGGUGUGAAAAGAUUGGGUGCCCAGACAGGGGCGCUUCCCUCAAUCCAUUUGUUGUGCUCGUGGGCACGACUCUCUCCUUGCAGUGCAGUCGUGUUCCAAGCUUCUCUGUGGCCGAAUACUGAAGCCUGAAGCCCACGUGCUUGACUCCGCUUAGGGCAGCCCUCCCUCUUUUUCGGCAGCGCUGCACCAGUUUUCCCCAAACUGGUAACCUCUCCUUACGUGGGACUGAAGUUCCUGUAAUUAUUUAUGGAAGUUGCAGUCCAGGCCAGCCAGAAGGCCUCCGGUUUGGGAAAACACUACAAGUGCAAGUGCUAUAUUUUAAAAAGUAGGGCUUACUGAAGCUUAAUUUAUGAAUUUUAAGAGUCCAGCUCUCUUUUUAAAAAUGGUUGUUUUGAGGCAAACCUGAACUGGGCCUCAUAGAUCCACUUUCACAAUUUUCAGCCCACCUUCAAAACUGCCUUUUUACAGCUUAACACACUUAUGAAGAACCUCUUCAGAUCACACCUCCUGGUUUGGAUAUAUUUGACUGGCUGCUGUCUCUCCGACCCUCUUUUCCAUUGCUGCAUCAGCUGACCAGCAGCGGGUGAUAAUUAAAUGAUCAGCCAAAGACGAGGCCUUGUUGGGUUCUGCUUUGUUGAAUGCUUUUAAAAAAUGUUAAUUUUAAUGCCAAGUGUAAGCAUUUCUGAAUAAGAAGCUGAGGUGCUGGGUCUUUUUAAAAAGCUCACAACAUUUAUGAGAAAAGUAUUAUACAUGUUUCGAAGUAGGCUCAUUUCCCUUUCAAACUACUAACAUUACUUUCAAAGAUAUUUUCAACAUCCUGUAGUCCCACCAGAUAACGACACUGACUGGAGAACCGGUUUACAGCUACUAGCAGGGCUGAUGCUGAGAAAAGACCUCAUCUUGCCUAAAUGUGAAGUCUUGUUGCUUUUUCCCACCUCUCGUGCAGACUUGGGAGUCUGUCAUUUUUAUCUGGCCUGCGUGGAGCAGCAUAUAAGAGAGUGAGGCAAAAGGGGAUUCUUCCCCUGGAAAAGCUCGGCCACAGUCUGCCAAGUACUAAAAAGCGGGGUGGGUAUUUCCAGCUCAGAAAUACUUUUGGGGUUCUGCCUUGUGUGCUCUCAUCUUAGCCACAGCACAAAACCGUUUCAUUAUGAAUGUUUUGUUAAUGCAAGAUUUUGAAAUAAUCUGGAAAAUAAACAGUUUUAAAUAUA